AUGGAAGACAAUUACUACAACAAAAAAACCCUUCUCUUCCUAUUACUAUUAGCUAUCUCCUUCACACUCUCAUCAUCGACCACCACUCUUUUCCAAACCCAAACUCUAUCUAUUCACUCUCUCCCUAACCCUUCAACCCUCUCAUGGCCUGAAGAAUCAGAACAAGAGUUUCUAUCUGACUCUGAACCUUUCUCACUUCAACUACACCACAUAGACUCACUCUCCUCAAACAAAACACCACAACAACUCUUCCACCUCCGACUCCAAAGAGAUGCUGCCAGAGUCCAAUCCUUCAACCUCGCAAUAUCUCCCAACCACUCCCGUCCCCUUAGAUCCGGUACCGGUUUCAGCAGCUCCAUCGUUUCCGGUCUUUCACAAGGCAGCGGCGAGUAUUUCACCCGCAUAGGUGUAGGCACUCCCGCAAAGUACGUUUACAUGGUUCUCGACACCGGAAGCGACGUCGUUUGGCUUCAAUGUGCUCCUUGCCGUAAAUGCUACUCACAAGCAGAUCCAGUUUUCGAUCCGACUAAGUCACGCACCUUCGCCGGGAUCCCAUGCGGUGCUCCUCUCUGCCGGAGACUUGACUCUGCCGGAUGCAACAAUAAGAAUAAGGUUUGUCAGUAUCAGGUUUCUUACGGGGACGGUUCUUUCACUUUCGGUGAUUUCUCCACUGAAACGCUGACGUUUCGCAAGACGCGUGUGGCGCGCGUGGCUUUGGGAUGUGGUCAUGAUAACGAAGGUCUCUUCGUUGGUGCAGCUGGUUUGUUAGGACUUGGACGUGGAAGAUUAUCUUUCCCGGUUCAAACCGGUCGCCGGUUUAAUCAGAAAUUCUCUUAUUGUCUUGUGGACCGGUCCGCUUCAGCUAAACCCUCGUCCAUGGUUUUUGGCGAUUCAGCCAUUUCACGAACCGCCCGGUUUACUCCACUUCUCAGAAACCCUAAACUCGAUACUUUCUAUUACAUCGAACUACUCGGAAUCAGUGUUGGUGGUGCAUCCGUUCGCGGCGUCUCCGCUUCUCUCUUCAAGCUCGAUCCCGCCGGUAACGGCGGAGUUAUAAUCGAUUCAGGCACUUCAGUAACCCGAUUGACCCGUCCCGCUUACAUUGCACUGCGAGAUGCUUUUAGACUCGGUGCUUCGCAUCUGAAGAGGGCGCCGGAAUUCUCGCUGUUCGACACUUGCUUUGAUUUGUCAGGGCUGACGGAGGUGAAAGUGCCGACGGUGGUACUUCAUUUCCGAGGUGCUGACGUGUCACUUCCAGCUACGAAUUACUUGAUUCCGGUGGAUAACAGUGGGAGCUUCUGCUUUGCUUUCGCCGGAACAAUGAGUGGUUUGUCUAUCAUCGGUAACAUUCAGCAGCAAGGAUUUCGGGUCGUUUACGAUCUCGCGGGUUCUCGGGUCGGAUUUGCCCCAAGAGGGUGCGUGUGA